AUUAAAUGGCAAGGUCGUAAAACUAAACAACGAUUGUAAACAUCCGGUUAGAAUAUAUACCUGUGGAAUUAUUUUCUCCAAAAAUCUAAUGCAUGCAUAGUGUAAACACUAACAAUGUGUAAAUGAGGCAUACUGCACAAACACAAACAGCUUUCUGAAAAUUUGAAGUGGUAUAUCAGACAAAGAUGGAAGCCAAACGCAUGAAGGCAAAACUUGCCAUGGUAACUCACCUUCCUGCCGGAAAUGACGUAAUCAUUAGCUACGACCCGGAAGACCGAAAUUACGUCAUUAAAAUCAGAGACAAAUUGAAAGAAGCAGGAAUUGCCGUGUGGGUGGAGACUUAUGAUUUGGGAGGAGGAGCAAACGUCUUCAGCAAGGUCGGACAGGCUGUCGUGGAUGCAAAGAUAUUUUUUUACCUGAUCAGCACAGAUUCUGUGAAAUCAAAGUUAUGCCAGGAUCAAUUGGCUCUCGCCUACGUCUCGAAGAAAUCGAUUCUACCUGUAGCAAUAGACGAUGAAGAUGAUGUUUCUAAAAUUAUGGACAACGGCAUGCGAUUACAACUUGCUGGUUUUGAAUGGUCGUUCUUAGAUCGUGAAAUAAUUGAGGAUGGCUUACCUAGCUUGGUUGCUCGUAUCAAAGAUAUGUUAGCGGAUUAUGAUUCAUCAAACCGAGACGAAGAAACGAAAAAGAAAACCGAAGAAAAGAAAAGGUACCUACGAUCAGCUAAAUCUCGGUCCAGGAUCAAAGCAUCCAGAAUUCAUCUGCAAGACGGGAAGGCAUAUUGGACCAAUACAUUCGGAGCAGUCGCAAAUAUGUCUUGGGAAAGGUUCAAGGCAAAACUGUUAGAAGAUUUCAAACUUGAUUUUGAGCAGACUUUCGGGGAAGAGGAUACCGAAUGGCUACUAGCUAUCUUACACAGAGAGUUGAUGGUUGAACAUGAUGAAAACGUCUCUUUUGAGAAUUUCAUUGCAUUCUGUACCAUCGAUGAGAAAGUUUUGCCAGUAUGGUCCAGGAUACAAGAACAAGCUAGAGAAAGUUACGCAAUGAGAGAAGUCUUUGACAUGGAUUCUAGUGUAAGAGUUGAUGCUAUAGAAAAUCUAGGAAAAUUCAAAAGUCUGACAGUGAUUGGUGCCUUGAGAGAUUUAUUGGCAGAUAAAGACGCCAACGUACAGGCCGUGGCUAUCAUCUCAUUGGCUAGAACAAAUUCCACCGACAUAGAAACUAUCGUAGCUCUACGGAAAUGUUUGAGAAUGAAAGACAGGGUCGUUAGAGAAGCGGCAUGUCUUGCUUUAGGUCAUCUUGGUGUAGAAGCUGUUAUUGAAGAGCUAGUUAACCUAUGGCGAAACGACAUUAUUUCCAAUGUUAGAGAGGCUGCCCUUGUAGCGUUAAACAAAAUUGGAGGACCAAAGGCAAAUGAAGCUAUCAGAGUAACAGAAGUGCUCGAGAAAGAGAUUCGCAGCAUGAAAUCAGCGUGAUUGUCUAAUCUGGUUCCCUGCCUACAGAUAACUUUAGUACCAUCAUAUGAAUCAAAUAGGUUGAAGGACAGGCUGACCAUUCAACACACAUUUCAUAUGUAUAUGAUGUUAUUUAUUUUAGUAUUAAAUAUAUAUAUCAAGUA